CACCUGUCAACAGGCAGCGAAGCGCCUGGAGACUGGAGUGGAGAGCGGAGAGAAGGACAUGCACGGAGACGGAGGCGUCGGUGGCGGUGUCGCCAUCAUCCUGCACGCCACCAGCGACGAACACGCACGCGACGCGACGCAGCCUUGUCACGCCAGGACAAAUCCAGCGCUCCCCAAAGCAGAAAGACCGCGACCCAAAGCAAGCUCAAGCCGCUCCGCUCCUCCAGUCUCCAGUCUCCACCGCCCGCCAACCCCGAGAUAUACCUCCCUUCCUCUCGAAGCUUCGUCUGCAGACGAAGUCGCCGGCUCUUCCCUCGGCGCUGGUGCCGGUGGGUUGCCUGUGGCGGUGGGUGGGUGGCCGGGUGGUGGUGUUGCUGGGAUGCCCGCCGCGACGGCGACCGCAGCCCGCCUCCGCGUGCCGCUGCCAAAAGCCGCCCACCACUCGCCCUGCUCGAGCCGGCGCCACCCCGACUGCCGCCGCCGCUGACGAGACGAGCGGCCACACGCUUGGCGCGCGCCAUGGAUGCCUUGUCCCGCCCUGCUGUCGUCAUCGACAACGGCACCGGGUACACGAAGAUGGGGUUCGCGGGGAACGUGGAGCCCUGCUUCAUCACCCCCACUGUCGUCGCCGUCAACGAUUCCUUCUCCGGCUCCGCCCAGCCGGCGGUGAGGGGCACCCCCGCCAGGGGGAACUGGCUCGCUCAGCACAGCGCCGGCGUCAUGGCUGACCUCGACUUCUACAUCGGCGACGAAGCGCUGGCCCGAUCCCGCGCCAGCAGCUCGCAUAGUUUGAGCUAUCCCAUCCGCAACGGCCAGGUGGAGAAUUGGGAUACCAUGGAGAGGUUCUGGCAACAGUGCAUCUUCAAUUACCUCCGGUGCGACCCAGAAGAUCAUUAUUUUCUUCUAACUGAGAGCCCUCUGACUGCCCCCGAGACCCGGGAGUACACCGGAGAGAUCAUGUUCGAGACGUUCAAUGUGCCUGGCCUCUAUAUUGCAGUCCAACCUGUCCUUGCGCUGGCUGCUGGGUACACUACAACCAAGUGUGAAAUGACAGGUGUUGUAGUUGAUGUGGGUGAUGGGGCUACCCAUAUCGUUCCGGUUGCUGAUGGUUAUGUCAUUGGGAGCAGUAUCAGAUCUAUUCCAAUUACAGGCAAGGAUGUUACCCAGUUUAUUCAUCAACUUCUAAAGGAAAGAGGUGAGAACAUUCCAGCAGAAGAAUCUUUUGAUGUAGCAAGAAGGAUUAAAGAAAUGUACUGCUAUACUUCUUCGGACAUUGUGAAGGAAUUCAAUAAACAUGACAAGGAGCCAUCAAAGUACAUUAAACACUGGACGGGCACCAAACCGAAGACUGGUGCAAAAUACACAUGUGACAUUGGAUAUGAGCGAUUCCUAGGGCCUGAGAUCUUCUUCAACCCAGAGAUAUAUAACAACGACUUCACCACUCCUUUGCAAGUUGUUAUUGACAAGUGCAUCCAAUCAUCUCCAAUCGACACAAGGAGGGCUCUUUAUAAGAAUAUUGUCCUGUCUGGAGGCUCGACUAUGUUCAAAGAUUUCCAUAGGAGGUUACAGCGGGACCUAAAGAAGAUAGUGGAUGCACGGGUCCGUGCAUCUAAUAGCCGGCUUAUUAGUGGGGAUGCUAAGGCCCAGCCUAUAGAAGUGAACGUGGUCAGUCAUCCGAUCCAGAGAUAUGCGGUAUGGUUUGGUGGCUCUGUGCUUGCUUCAACCGCCGAAUUCUACGAGGCUUGCCACACAAAGGCAGAGUACGAGGAGUACGGUGCCAGCAUCUGCCGAACGAAUCCUGUCUUCAAAGGGAUGUACUGACUCAGAGCGGUUCCCUGUGGCUGACGUCGUGGAUGAUAUCCACUCAAAGCUUAAAUGGGGAGAAGUGACAGUGGUCGUGGAGACAGGACUGUCGAGAGGGAUCCUGAUCGUGGGGAAGCAUAGCCGUACGAGCUGUACAAAAGAGAAGCGCAAAUAGAUAGGUUUAUGUUUCACCAUACAAUUUAGAUGCUGGUAGGCCUGACAGGAUGGGUUUGCCACCCCUGCUGAAUUGGGUGGCAUUGUAAUUUGUAGCGUCAACACUUCUGGCGGUGCGAGAUUGCUCCUUGUAUACAUGUUGAUUCGGCAGCGAUGUUUUCUCUCU